CACUUCCUCCUAAGCAGUUUCUUGCUCGCCGGAUGAGAGGCGCCCAAUUGAAGCAGAAUGAUCCUCAUCUACUAAUAUCCAGCGUGGCCACAAAGCGACUGGCCAUUUACGCCGCCACUUUAAACAAAGAUAUUUGGUUAUUCCCGGGGAAGCAAGUGCACUUUUGCAUGGCUGAGCUCCGGGAGGAGGCGAGCCUCAGCCCAGCCUCCCGCCUGCUGGGUUGCUCGCGCCUUGGGAUUCGCCCCCUCCCGGCCAGCUGGUCCCGCCGGGGUUCAGGCUCAGUUCCGCCCGGCAACAGGCGGGCGGGUACUCACGAAGCUCCCAGCCCGCGCCCUCCCUGAAGCAUCAGAGGGGAAAACAGCGUGGCCCUGGGCUCGGGUGCUGGGGCUGUGAUGUUCUCGGAAAGUCAGCUCCAGCCCCAGAACCCUGCGUGUCCGGGCGAUGGGCGAGGGUCGGGGACACCAGGGGGAAAGGGGGCGGGGAGCAGAGGUGUCCCUCUGACGGCGGCAGAAGAGGCAGACAGACGGACAGACACGCAGACCAACAGUGCGGUCCCAGGGUUCGUCCCCAGACUCGCGAGCUCGUUUGGUGGCGACUGGGGCUCGGCGCCGCGACGCCCGAUGUGGUCCGGAGGCAGUGGGAAGGCGCGGGGCUGGGAGGCCGCGGCGGGAGGGAGGAGCAGCCCCAGCAGGCUCAGCCGCCGCCGAAUCAUGUCGAUGAGUCCAAAGCACACGACUCCGUUCUCAGUGUCUGACAUCUUGAGUCCCCUGGAGGAAAGCUACAAGAAAGUGGGCAUGGAGGGCGGCGGCCUCGGGGCUCCGCUGGCGGCUUACAGGCAGGGCCAGGCGGCUCCGCCGGCCGCGGCCAUGCAGCAGCACGCCGUGGGGCACCACGGCGCCGUCACGGCCGCCUACCACAUGACGGCGGCGGGGGUGCCCCAGCUCUCGCACUCCGCCGUGGGGGGCUACUGCAACGGCAACCUGGGCAACAUGAGCGAGCUGCCGCCGUACCAGGACACCAUGCGGAACAGCGCCUCGGGCCCCGGAUGGUACGGCGCCAACCCAGACCCGCGCUUCCCCGCCAUCUCCCGCUUCAUGGGCCCGGCGAGCGGCAUGAACAUGAGCGGCAUGGGCGGCCUGGGCUCGCUGGGGGAUGUGAGCAAGAACAUGGCCCCACUGCCAAGCGCACCACGCCGGAAGCGCCGGGUGCUCUUCUCCCAGGCUCAGGUGUACGAGCUGGAGCGACGCUUCAAGCAACAGAAGUACCUGUCGGCGCCCGAGCGGGAGCACCUGGCCAGCAUGAUCCACCUGACGCCCACUCAGGUCAAGAUCUGGUUCCAGAACCACCGCUACAAGAUGAAGCGCCAAGCCAAGGACAAGGCGGCCCAGCAGCAACUGCAGCAGGACAGCGGCGGCGGCGGCGGCGGCGGGGGCGCCGGGUGCCCGCAGCAGCAGCAAGCGCAGCAGCAGUCGCCGCGCCGCGUGGCCGUGCCCGUCCUGGUGAAAGACGGCAAACCCUGCCAGGCAGGCGCCCCGGCGCCGGGUGCGGGCAGCCUUCAAGGCCACGCGCAACAGCAAGCGCAGCAGCAGGCGCAGGCUGCUCAGGCGGCCGCGGCCGCUAUCUCAGUGGGCAGCGGGGGCCCUGGCCUGGGUGCGCACCCGGGCCACCAGCCGGGCAGCGCGGGCCAGUCUCCGGACCUGGCGCACCACGCCGCCAGCCCCGCGGCGCUUCAGGGCCAGGUCUCCAGCCUGUCCCACCUGAACUCUUCGGGCUCGGACUAUGGCACCAUGUCCUGCUCCACCUUGCUAUAUGGUCGGACCUGGUGAGAGGACACCGGGCCGGGCCGGGCCCAGCGCGCUGCCUCAUCGCUUUCCCUCCUGCCGGCCACACAUCACCAUCUGCCCGCCGCUCCCUGCGCUUCGACUUUUCUUAAGAAUCUGUCCCAUAUAAACCAAGGGAAAACACACACACACACACACACACACACACAAACACACGCCAAACUGCUGGACGUCUUUUUUUUUUUUUUUCUAAAAUUUGUGGGAAUUUUUUAAAAAAAGAAAAUAAAAACAACCAAGUGAAUCCAAUUCUUUAAGGAGUCUUUAAACAGAGAAGAACAUAACAAAAAGAAACAGCUUUUGGGGUGUCUUUUAGGUGAUCGAAAUGGGUUUCCCUCACUCAGGCAGGGUGCAGUUUGGAGAGGGCUCUACUGUGACGCGGCUCUGGACUCUAAAGAUGGCAAACUUCACUCUGGGUACCCUGUGCCAGCAAGGUGGACUCGCUUGUAAAUACCAGGAUUUCUUUUGAAGGGGAGAUGGGGGCUGGGGAGAGGACAGACUCUACGACAGGACCCACAUGUCAAUGACACAAAGGAAAUGCCCCCUCCCAGCACCCGCUGGCCACCCUGGCUCAGCCCCGGGAAGAGCCCUGGCUAAAAUUGUUUUAUGUUUGAUGUGAACUUGUAGCUGUAAAACGCUGUCAAAAGUUGGACCACACACCUAGUUUUUAGUAAUCUGUACAUUUUGUUGUAAAAACAAAAACAAAAACAAAAAAAAAACCCCACUCCCUGCCCCCAAGCCCAUCAUAUUUUUUAUGGGCAUUGAAAAAUCUGUGUAUAUUAUUUGGCAGUUUGGUAUUUGCAGCGUCAGUCUUUUUCUGUUGUAACUUAUGUAGAUAUCUGGCUUAAAUAUAGUUCCUAAGAAGCUUCUAAUAAAUUAUACAAAUUAAAAGGAUUCUUUUUCUGAUUAAAA